ACUUUAGGUAAAUUGCAUGUCAUAUGUCAUGUGGCAUGUGUGGAAGGGACAGUUUUUCUAAUAUUUUAGGAGAAAAGUAACGUUAUAAUCAUGAUUGGAGACAUUAUAAUAGCAUCAACACUGCUGAUAAAUGCCUGUGCGGUGGUGAAUUUCAAACUAAAGAAAAGUUCAGAUGAAGCUGAUGCAUUUGGUGUAACUAGAACUCCCACUGCUGGUGAUAAAGUGAGAGAAUUCCUUUUGAGUCUACGUUACUUCAGGGUUUUUAUAGGAAUAUGGAAUAUCUUUGUCAUGUUACUCAUGAUCAUAUUUCUUUAAGGCUUCAAAACAAGAAUGAAUUGAAGUCAUCAGUUGGCAGGAAGUGACAUCUCUAUUCUUAUUCAAGUGGACUGAGGAAAGUGGCAUGGAAGUCCCUCUGUUCUGUGGAUGAAAGAAUCUCUUUGAUGAGUGUAAGAGAUCAGGGGAACUGUAUGCACAAAACAUAUCUGUGUUAACCCUGGUUCUACGGUCAUCAAAGCCUAGUGAUGUAGAAAAAUGGAUAAGGAUACUGUUAUCCAUUUGAUGGAGGAAAGCCACCGCUGCAAUAGUGGUUGGUUUUGGCAAAGCCAAAUAGCAAACAGACUUCUUCGAGAUCUAAAAUGGGAAUAUGAUGCCAGCCAUAUUACCAACUUAUUGAAGGGCUAUUUGCUGAGCCUGUAAAGUCACCUGUUUCACCUUCAUUAUUCAUUUGUAACUGUAAAUUCACAUGGGUCAUAUCUUGUCUGUCAUCUGUCGGUCCGUCCGUCAACAAUAGGGGCACUAUUGCGUCUGGAAAGUUGAAACUUGGUGUGAGGAUGUCUUACGACAACAUGACUUGACACAAGGACAUUUCAUUAAUAAAAAUAACGGUUUUAUUGUA